AUGCACGGUGUUUGGAGGUAUUGGGCUCCUCCACUUGAACGUUCUAAACUGGCCACAACCGCGUUCACUGGAUCGUAUGCGGGUGCAGUCAUCGGUCUACCUGCAUCCGCAUGGCUUGUCAGCUAUGUGGAUUGGUCAACACCUUUCUAUGUUUACGGAAUAGCUGGUGUCAUAUGGUCGGUAUUUUGGUUCUCGUUAACGUUUGAAGCACCAGCAUUUCAUCCAACAAUUUCAAGCGACGAGAAACGUUACAUCGAAGAACAAAUUGGUCCUGUUUCAAUGUCUCAUCCUACGGUGAAUAUUACUCGUAUUGGAUGA